GCCACGUAUCAUAACUGAGUUUUCUUCUACAUCAAUAACAACAAAUCAAUUAUCGAAGAAGCCAUGACUAAUGAUACUACAAUCGUCCAUGAAUCUCCUAGCCUCCUUCGUGCAUGGUGGAUGAACAAGAACCUACGAUACGAUGUUGCCAUGAGCAGCAUCAUUCUAAUCAUUAAUAUUGCAGCGAUUGUGUAUAUGAUAACCCACAAGAUCCCCUUAAAUAAAGCUGAUCCAGCUCUUUUAAUUUUGGUUGUUUCCAUUAUUUUCUACGUCUUGUUCGGCAUAGUUAGCUGCAUCAGUUGGGUUAUGGCAAUCGAGAAUGUCCGCCUAGCAUCUGAAGCUUACGUCUAUGGACGUAUAGGUCACACGUCUGGCUUUGGUAUAUUCCUAGACCUCCUCUAUUCGAUUUCUCCUCACUUGGCUCUACACUUCGGUCUACCUUGUUUGCUAUGGUUCGUAGCCGCCAUGAUUGCACCGUGUUGUCCGUAUCUAUGGAAAGGUCUAUGCAAAAGAGUGCAAGAACUACGAGAUUGGUGGAAGUUUGUGAAUCGACCACAAUCGUCAGUUGUUAUUGUUUAAGGAUGAACAAGGACCUACGAUAUAACAUUGCGAUGAACAGCUUCAUUUUAAUCCUCAACAUCGCAGCGAUAUUGUAUAUGAUCACCUACAAGAUUGCGGUUGAAUCAGAUAUAACUACAGAUUUGCUAAGUGGUUUCGGUGUUUCGUAUAUCAUUUGCGUCCUAGUUAGUUUCAUAAGUUGGAUUGUGGCAAUCACGGAUGUGUCAGUAUGUGACCUAGGAUACACUUCUGGACUUUUCAGUCACAACUUUGGCUUCGUUGUUCUCCUCCACUUCCUCUAUUGUAUAUCUCUCAACUUUGCCCUACUCGUCGGUCUAAUAUAUGCUCUACCUUUUU